GCCCUCGGCACGAGCGGAAGUGGAAUGAUUCCACUUCCGGGAGCAGAGCUUCCGCGGGGCGGAAGGGGGUCGUUCCAGUGUGUCUCAGUCUUUUCCAGUGUUUAUUAGGUAGUGCUGCCCAUGAGCAAGCUGUGGAGACGCGGAGGCGCCUCCGGGGCCGCCGAGGGGUCGGAACCCGGGGAGGAGCUGGAACUGAGUGGCCACGGCCACGGUGGCCACAAGAAGAAGCAUAAGAAGCACAAGAAGAAACACAAGAAGAAGCAGCAUCAAGAGGAAGGGCCUGGCCCCCCCCUCCCUAGCACUGCCUCAGGCCCUGCCCAAGCCCCAGCCCAGCUUAAACUCAGGAUUAAGCUGGGAGGCCAGGUCCUGGGUACCAAAAGCGUUCCGACCUUCACUGUGAUCCCCGAGCAGUCCCGGUCCCCUUCUCCCCUCAUGGUUGUGGACAAUGAAGAAGAGCCAAUGGAAGGGGUCCCCAUUGAGCAGUACCGAGCCUGGCUGGAUGAAGACAGUAACCUGUCCCCUUCCCCUCUCGGGGACUUGGCUGGAGGCUUGGGAGGCCGAGAAGAUGAAGAAGAGCAGCGCUGGUUGGACGCCCUGGAGAAGGGGGAGCUGGACGACAACGGGGACCUGAAGAAGGAGAUCAACGAGCGGUUGCUCACCGCCCGUCAGAGAGCCCUGCUGCAGAAGGCCCGCAGCCAGCCGUCGCCCAUGCUCGCACUGCCGGCAGCCGCUGGCGCGCCGGCGCUCACCGAGGAGAUGCUGAUGAAGCGAGAGGAGCGGGCCCGCAAGAGGCGCUUGCAGGCGGCCCGCCGGGCCGAGGAGCACAAGAACCAGACCAUUGAAAGGCUCACCAAGACUGCGGCCCCCAGCGGCCGCGGCGGCCGAGGGGGCGCGCGCGGGGAGCGUCGCGGGGGCCGGCCGCCAGCCGCCACACCCAUGGUCCGCUACAGCAGCGGGGCGCGCGGCACUACCCUCUCCUUCCCCGUGGGCGUGCCCACGCCGACCCCCGCCUCUUCGCCCCCUCCGCCUCCCGGCCCUCGCCCCCGCUGCUCCGUCCCGGGCUGCCCCCACCCGCGGCGCUACGCCUGCUCGCGCACGGGCCAGCCCCUCUGUAGCCUGCAGUGCUACCGCCUCAACCUGCAGCUGCAGCUCGGGCUGCCCGAGGGCGCUGGGGCUGCCCCGCCGGGCCCCCUAGUGGCCACCUGAGGACACCCGCCCUCCCCAUCUCUUACUCCGGCGCCGCGGUCUCUCCGUCCUCCCCCGACGUCCGCCUCGGGCUCCCCUCUCCCCCGCCUCCUGCCCAUGUUGCUGAGCGAAGCUCAGCCAAUCCCUCGAGACUGCUCUCCGAAAAAGCGGCCUUCUCUUGAGGCUCUGAACAUUAAUUGGUGGACUUGGUUCCCAUGAGGCGGGACUAAUGCCUUCCAUUGGUUAUUGGUGCUGCCGAUCAUAGUCUUUGGGCUAUUGCUUCUUCACUCUUUGUCUCUGGGCCCCUGUUGUCUGGGUGAGUGGUGGAGACGCGGCAGCGCAUUGGUCUCCGGAAGUGCCUUAGAAGGCUGUUCCCAUUGGCCGAUCCUCAAGAAGCGGCUCCUGGUUGGUGGCAAUCUGACGCAACUCCGUUGCUGAUUGGCUAAGAGACUACGAGGCUAGGUAGCUGUGAGUCCGGGGAGCGAUGGCGGCGGUAGCAGCUAUGGUCUGGGCCGGGACUAUGGUGGUUGCGGCCCGGAAAGCAGUGGCAGACUGGCAGGCGGCGGAGGUGGCGGUUCCUUCCCCGGGCCUGUAGGCAGCAGCAUGGAGCGGGCCGGUCCCGGGAACGGCAGCCACGAAACUUGGGGGGCUCUCCGGGUGCGGCAGGUAUCGUGAAGCAAAUGUAUGCUGUCGCGACAGGCCAGAAACUUGUCGCGACAGGUGAUCCCGCCCUCUUCCACCUGGCUCCCUACUGCAGCUGAGGACACCCGGAAGCCCUUUCCUUUGCCUAUUGGGAAACACGGGUGUCGCGUUAGGUGUGGCCCAUCUAGCUUCUAUGUCAUUGUCACCCUUUCGGCUUCAGAACUCAGGGGAGAAUGAUGGGCAUUUCUUGGGGAGCUGGGGGGCAGACAUCCCACCUCGGGGACUCGGUCCAGUCAUCUUCGGGGGCUUUUGUGAGCAGCGGGCUUGUGCGGCCUGCUCAGGCUCGCUGCAGGAGGUGGAGGGAGAUCAUUAUGGGGAGAGGCUGGGGAGUCUUUGGAGCUAGGAAGUGGCCUCUCAUCCUACCCCCACGGUAGGAGCGAGCUAGCUUCCGGUCCCUGGCUGUGAUCCUACGGACGCUGGAGCUCCUCUUGUUGACAUGAUGCUCACUUAUCGAGGCUGUUUCACUGCUGGGCAGCUCUAAUAAUUAAAAGCUUAUGUCAAGGAAA